CGGCUGCAGAGCUCAGCCAGCUAGUUGCUCCGCCCCGGGCAAGAUUCGGCACCACCAUGGAGGAGUACCAUCGGCACUGCGAUGAGGUUGGCUUUAAUGCUGAUGAAGCUCAUAACAUCGUUAAGGAGUGUAUAGAUGGGGUCUUAGGUGGUGAAGACUAUAAUCAAAACAAUAUAAACCAAUGGACUGCAAGCAUAGUGGAGCAAUCCUUAGCACAUUUGGUUAAGCUGGGAAAAGCUUAUAAAUAUAUCGUGACCUGUGCAGUGGUGCAGAAGAGUGCAUAUGGCUUCCACACAGCCAGCUCAUGCUUUUGGGAUACCACAUCUGAUGGAACCUGUACUGUAAGAUGGGAGAACCGAACCAUGAACUGUAUCGCCAAUGUUUUCGCCAUUGCUAUUGUCCUGUAA